AUGGAUGCUGGCAAAGUGACUGCAGAGCAGAGGGCGAGAAUCCAGCUAAAGCGUGAGCAGGCUUUGGCCCGCCAAAGCGCCAGGAGUGCUGUUUCAGCCGGUGAAGCUGCAGCCAAGCUGACUGUGGAACAAAGGGAAAGGGCCCAGCGGAGUCGUGAAACGGCUCUGGCGCGAAAAGCUGCCAAGCUUGCUGCAACAAGGCUUGAAAGUUCAUGCCAGAGCUGGGGGCAGCUAGCGACCGUGCCUUCGGCAAACCCGGCCGAAAAUAUCGCCUUGACUGAGGACCAGACAUCAGAAGCGCCUGCACCAGCUGCCGCAAAUGCUGCCAAUAUUACCUUGACUACGCAUCUGACGACGUCAGACGCGACCGUGCCAGCAGCCGUGGCAAACCGCCACAGCAUCACCCUGAUUAAGGAUCUGACAACGACGGGGGCAGGUGCAAGGGCAUGGUCUCUGAAAGUCGAGGUUGUCCGCAAGGAUCAGGAGCUGAAGUCGACCAGAGAUGGCGGCAAGUGGUUCUCAGCCCAGCUACGGGACAAGACUGGAGAGGUCCGCGCAGCCUUCUUUCAACAAGCAGCAGUCGAGGGUUUCGAGGAGCUAGAGCAAGGCCAUGUCUUCCAGAUCUCAGGAGGGGUGGCGAAGGCAGCAGCAUCCCCCAAUUCUGGAGUUCAGCUCACUUUCAACAGGCUCACUCUGAAUGCGGCCUCCUUCAGCGCCGAGGAGCUGGAGGAUCCAUUUGCCUGGACCUUUGUCACCUUUGGCCUUUCGGUUAUUCCAAGGAAGAGCAGCAUGUCCUGGAACUUGGCACCCGUGAAGCGAAGCGCAGAAGAGCCACGUUGUUGGGCGAAGAUGGCGAGACGCCGAGAUAGUGACAUCGAUCACAUGCUGACCACGGUCUCUUCGACUCGAAUUCGCUCGCUAGAAAGAGGCUCCACUUCGGCUACGGCGGAGCUGCACAGCGAGCUUUGCAG